AUGCGAUGUUUUCACUGUAAGAAUGAGGGACACAUUGUUAAGAACUGUCCUGAGAAAGGAGGUAAUGCGGGCGAGGAGAAUGAGGGUGAGCAAGGGGAGAGAGAAGAAGCUGGGCAGCCGGAGACGCGUGGAGCUGAGAGCGGUUCCGUGGUUUCUGAUACCCCGGCUAAAGAGGGUAGUAAGGCGCAGGACACAAUGCAGGCUAGCGGGAGUCUGAAUCGGGACAGCAACGCUGAGGAGAGUGUGAGUGAGUCGGCCGGGGAUGAAAAACCGGGCAGUGGGCUUACUGACACUAAUACUGGUGAGACUUCCACACUGGCUGCAGCUGCUGCAGCAAGCGUCAGUGUGGAACAGAAAAGUAGCGACCAGAUUGAGAAAGGAGGUGUCUCUGCUGAGCCAGAAAUGAAGACUCAGGUAGAGAAAGACGAACUGACAGAAACUGAGAGAGACGAUAAGAGUCUGAGAAUGGAGCGUAGUGAGCAGAGCUCGGAGUUUGACAGUGAGGAGGAGGGGAGCCUGACUGACUGUUCCCUGACGGCAGAGCCCCCUUGCACUGAGGCUGGUUACAGCGUGGGCAGUAUUAAAACGUUUUUAGAACUUACUAAAGCUGGCAAGCCAAAGCCUGUCCUGACCCGGGAGCCUGCAGGAGAGAUAUUUGAAGGAGACACAGUCACCCUGAGCUGUGUGGUUGAGGGGAGCUCUGAUGGCUGGAGAUAUCUCUGGUACAAAGACAGGCAGUACAGCACUCCAGUGUACCAGACUAACAGCAGCAGUGGAACUGGAGCCGGAUACACAAUCAGUGCUGCUGCUCUGUCCCACAGUGGAGAGUACUGGUGUCGAGCUGGAAGGGGGAGCAAACCGUUUAACUCACAAUACAGCAAAGGUGUGAAGAUACAAGUUUCAGAGCUGCCCCAGACUACACUCACCCUGGAGCCUCCAUUCCCAGAGAUAUUCACCGGGGAGACAGUCACUCUGAGGUGUGGGGUUGAGGGGGGUUCUGCUGGCUGGAAAUAUCUCUGGUACAAAGACAGUGAGGUCACUCCAGUGCUCCAGACUGCUGGCUGCAGUAUAACUGGUGACAGCUACACCAUCACUGCAGCUGCUGUAUCUGACCAGGGCCAGUACUGCUGUCGAGGACAAAAAGGAGAUCAGCCACUCUACUCACAGCUCAGCGAUCCUGUGAAAUUAAACAUAACUGAUGUUCAUCCCAAGGCUGUCCUGACCCUGCAGUCUGCCUGGGCACAGAUAUUCACAGGAGAUACAGUCACCCUGAGGUGUGAGGUGGAGGGGGGCUCUGCUGGCUGGAGGUUUAAACAGUACAGAGAUGGACAUGAAGAGGCAUGGUGCAGUGAUCAAUACAGCAGGAGAGAUGGGGACAGCUGCACAAUCAGUUACGCUCAGAAUUCCCACAGUAGAGUGUACUGGUGUGAGUCUGGACAGGAGCGCAGUAAUGCUGUCACCUUAAGUGUGUCCAAUGAAUGGGUGAUCCUGCAGACUCCCCCCCAGCCUGUGUUUGAGGGAGAUGCUCUGACUCUGAAGUGUCGUGACCGCUAUAAUUAUCAUAUUACCAAGGUUGUCUUUUAUAAAGAUAAUAAAGAGUUACAGUCCCAGGCUGGCACAGAGCUGAGUGUGGCUCGUGUUUCAAAGAGUGACGAGGGGUCCUUCAAGUGCAGAGCGUGGUGGUGGAGCUCCUUCCAUUACUCUGAGGGAUAUGCAGAGGUGCGGGUGUCAGUGGGAGAGCUGUUCUCUUGGGUGACUCUGACAGCCUCUCCAGGAGCCACAGUGAAGGAGGGAGAGGCUCUUAACCUGACCUGUGAGGCAGCAGUGAACAAAACCCCCCGCCCUCAACUCCACUACACCAUUGUGAGAGACGGGGAGCCUGUGACUAACAGCACUGACUCUGCACUGUACAGCAUAGCCAGCACUGAGAAGAGCCACACUGGGAGCUACACGUGUGCUGUGGAGUCACAGGGAGUGAAGAAGAGCAGCCAGGAGCUACACAUUGAAGUGCAAACGUCCUGGCACAGCGCUGUUGCUAUUGGCUACAGAGUGAGCUUCACUCUGAUUCAUUUCAUUGUGUUCACUCUGCUGCUCCUUCAAUACUGCAGGAUCCAAGGUUCCCUGUGUAUUGCUGGUGGUACAUCACGGAAAACCUCGGAUCAGGAUCAGGAGCAGUCAGCAGAGGGGACUGAGCUCUGCAGCCAUGUGCAGCACACUGGAGUGUCGUACUGAAGAUCAGCCUGAAUGCAACAGUAUUGCACUGUCCUGCUAGACCAGUCUGAUGAGAAUAGUAUUGCACUGACCCAUUGAAGAUGUAUCCAUUGCUGGCUGUGCUCACUCAUCUUUGUCUUGCUAAAGACCAGUCAGACUGCCAUGUCUUAGGACUACUGCGAAUAUCUUUUCAACUAGCUGUAGUUUACAUAAAAUUACCAUAGACUGGAGUAUUGUCUAAGAAUGUAUUGCUUAUUGAUUGAUUACAUUUUUUUGAUUUAAUUGAUGGAUUGCAUUAUUUAACGUUAUGAAGUGCAUUACUUAACAAUGACUCUAUUCAUAAGCUAUUCUGUAGUGAAUAAAC